AUGAAGUUUGGGGGGAAGGGGAUGAUCCAGCUGAUGGUACUGCUAUACAGUUGGGUGUGGAGACACGAGUAUACGCCAACUAGAUGGAGGGAAGGAGUGGUUGUGAACUUGUUUAAGAAAGGAGACAAGACUGACCCAGGAAACUACAGGGGGAUCACACUGUUGAACACAGUAGGAAAAGUGUUCUGUAAGCUGCUGAACGAUAGGAUAGUGGGAGUAUUGGAGAAGGAACAUAGCAUUAGUGAGGGCCAGGCAGGUUUCCGCAAGAAGAGGGGGUGCGUAGACCACGUAUUCACGGUAGGGAGAAUCAUCCAAGGUAGAAAGAGGGCGGGAAAGCCGACGUACUGCUUCUUCCUGGACGUGAAAAAGGCAUACGACACCGUAUGGAGAAAUGGGCUGUGGAAACAGCUGUCCAAACACGGGAUCAAGGGGAAAACGUGGAGAGUGUUGAAGAAGAUGACAGUAAAGAGGGCGGGAAAGCCGACGUACUGCUUCUUCCUGGACGUGAAAAAGGCAUACGACACCGUAUGGAGAAAUGGGUUGUGGAAACAACUGUCCAAAUACGGGAUCAAGGGGAAAAUGUGGAGAGUGCUGAAGAAGAUGACAGAGUGUACGAAAAGCGCGGUCAUGCUAGACGGAGAACUGUCAAAAUUCUUCGACAUUGAGCAGGGGGUCCCACAAGGUUGCACGCUGUCCCCAACAUUGUUCCAGGUGUUCAUCAACGAUCUGUUGGAAGUCGUAGAGGCAGUCCGGAAGGGAGUAAAAGUAGGGGACACGGAAACGUCGGUUUCAGGAAUGCUGUUUGCGGAUGAUUUUGUCGGUAUGUCGGACACCCCUGAGGGACUGCAACUGCAAAUUGACGCGGCGAAGAAGUUUACUGAUAAAUGGAUAUUGUCUGCCAACGUUAACAAGAGUGCUGUUAGAUAUACUCGUAGCAUAGUAUGA